UUUAAUGCUCCGCCCGUUGGAUACCUACGAUAUUACGCAUAAUAAGAAAUUUUCGGGGUCAGAUUAGUUGCGGUCAAUUAUAUCGAUUGUUAUACCGAAUUAUAUUCGUUCUCUCUCUCUCUCUCUCUCUCUCUAUUUGAAAGACAUGCUCGUUAAGUAAUUUUAUAAUCGUUGUGUUAUGCCAGAAAGAACGUUCUAAAUUCACAACAUGGCACAAGAAGUCGAGGAAACCAUGAAACGUAUACAAUCUCAUAAGGGCGUUGUUGGAACUAUUGUAGUAAAUGCAGAAGGAAUUCCUAUUAAAUCCACAUUGGAUAAUACAACGACAGUGCAAUACGCCGGCUUGAUCAGUCAGCUGUCAGACAAAGCACGCUCUGUAGUUCGUGAUUUGGAUCCAACAAAUGAUCUAACAUUUUUACGUAUUCGUAGUAAAAAACACGAAAUAAUGGUUGCCCCAGACAAAGAAUUCAUUCUCAUAGUAGUUCAAAAUCCAGUGGAUUGAUAUUUGCAAAAAGGAAUUAUGCAUUGUAAACCUUCGCAAAAUUGGAAUUUUAUGUUUGUGACUAUUAUUUUAUUUGUUAUUUAAUACAUUCCACUUAAUCAUUUUACCAUUGAGAAAUUCAUUGUUAUGUUAACUUAUCAAUUAAUUAGAUUGUUAUGAAAUAAGAGUAUAUAUAUGUGUCGCGCGCGCGCGUGUGUGUAUGAUACAUAUACAUAUAUAUAUAUAUACAUAUAUAUAUAUAUAUAUAUAUAUAUAUAUAUGUAUGUAUGUAUGUAUGUGUAGCACACGUUUCACAUGUAUCCUUAAAACAUAAAUAAAAAUGAUAAAAAAAUAUAAAUGCGGAAAAGAAUCUUUUAGCAUUGGUGAAAUAUUAUAUAUAACUGCACUUGAAAGAUUAUUAGUUUAACUUGUAUGCAAAAUACUGCUCGUUAAUAUUAUUUGUUAUAUGUAAUCUUAUAUAGGUUAAGUAUUAAUUAAUGACAUGUCAAUUUCUUCAAUCUGAUUCCGUUUACAUACACAAUUUAUUCUAAUUCUUACAUCUUUUAGCGUAUAUAAAUCACUUAAGAUAGUGUUACUAUAAAUUACGGACGAUCGAUACAUCUCAUUUUCUUCUCUUAUACGUCUAAAUAUUACAAAAUUCAUAUAAAAAUUAAUAAAUUAUUAGGGAAUGUUACGUGUGACGCACGCGCGACAAAUGAGAUAUGAUAAUAUAAAAUCCAAUGAGAUAUGAUAAUAUUAAAUGCGACAUUUAUCUA